AUGCUGACUGUCAGAUUGUUUAUGGUAGAAGUAUAAUGGAAAGAAAAGCAGUUUUAAUAGAAGAUAAAUAACAGUAUCUUAAUUCUCUUCAAAUGUGAAGUAGAAAUUUACUUAAUACUAGAAUUUGAUAGCUAUUUUAGAGAUGAUUGUAAAUGCUAAAUGCUGUCAUUUUAAGAAUAUGAAAUCCUUAUUAACUGUACCAAAUGAAAAUACAUUAUUUAUUCGAGCAGAAACCUAUCUGGCUUAUGGGGAAUUUUAGUAUGAUAAUUCUGCUGAUGUUAAACAAAUAUCAUUUCCCAUUUCCUGUUAAGUUAUUUUCUAAAUCUAAUUUUGCUUUUGUUAUUUAAGAUUGGACAACUCAAAUAUAUGA